UUAGAGACCUUAAAAGAUAAACUAUGUUCAAAGUUUUGUGGCGAUUUGAGCAUGGAGAAGACCUUUCACAAAUUCUAUGGAUUUAAACCCGGCGUUUACAGCAAUAGAAAUCAGAUACCCUAUCAGAUUUCUACAUGGUGGAGGGAUGUAUGCUGCAUUGAUAAAAUAGAUAGGGAGAGAGUAGGAUGGCUGUUGGAAGGAUUUAGAAUAAAGCUUGGGGAUGGUAAGAGGGUGAGCUUUUGGUGGGAUAACUGGUGCGGGGUGGGCUAUCUUGCUAAUAAAUACCCUAGACUGUAUUUGUUAUCUACAGGAAAGGACAACAAGUGCUACCAAAUGGGAAAUGACGGAAAUGAACAAUGGAGUUGGAACCUCCAAUGGAGAAGAAAGCUAUUUGAAUGGGAGACUGAAGAGGCAAAGGAGCUCCAACAAUUGAUAGAAGACAAGAGGAUCACGCACGGAAGGCCUGACUCGUGGGAAUGGGUCCAUGACAAGGAUGGACAAUACUCCACUAAGACAGCAUACUCAAUCCUAACAAAAGAUCAGAUAGAAACAAAUGAGAUCUCGACAUUCAAAAGAAUAUGGAAUCCCAAAUUUCCAAGUAAAGUCUCAGCCUUCAACUGGCAACUUUUGCUUGACAGAGUCCCAACAAAAGCAAACUUGGUCAUUAGAGGGAUUCUUGGAGAAUUAGAAGAUGGCAAAUGCGUCUUUUGCAAAGUGGAAGAUGAGGACUCCAAACACCUAUUUCUGAAAUGCAAAAUAACUAGUUGGGUGUGGCAAGAAUGCGCUAAAUGGUGGGGAAUAGAGAUUCGGUUGGAAAGGGAUUGCUGGGAUUCGUUUCAAAUGUUUGGGAAAUGGAGCAAAGAUCCAAAGGUAAAAGAAGGCUGGGAUUGCAUUUGGAGUACUGUAAUCUGGACAGUGUGGCUUGCUCGGAAUCAAAUGAUCUUCCAAGAUAAAAAAACUGACCCGAGAAAGUUGCUGGAAAUCAUCCAAGUGCGAUCCUUCCAAUGGAUUACUGCAAAUCUGGACAGAGGGACUGAUGAAGAGAUAUCGGGCUGUACAAUUUUGCUUAGUAUAGAAAUGGAGUUGGGUCAUGAUGGCUACAUUGAGCAGCUCUUUGACUAUAGUCUACUCCUUCAUGGAUUGAGUGGGUUAAGUAGAUGUAGUCAAUGCAUGCUCAAUGAUGUGAUUGCCAGUGGAAUUCAAUAUUGGGAAGAUUUUGAUGAUCUGUACAGGGAGAUAUGAAGAUUAAGCAACGGUAGAUUGAAGUUCGUCACGAGUAUAGUGUCGACACUUAUAGUGGGUGUCGACACUUUUCUAUUUCACUCAGGGAAAAUUAGACUUUUCUAACAGUAUUGUUAUGGGUUUGGUACCUCUUGUGCUCCGCUUAUUAAUAUAUUAAUAAAUAUAUUAUUACCGU